GAAGGGGUUUUAAAGGGUUGUAGGCUACUUAUCGGGGUUGAUGGUUGUCAUCUAAAGGGAUAUCAACGAGGUGGGCAGCUACUUUCAGCAGUUGGUGUUGAUGCGAAUAAUGGUAUGUAUCCAAUUGCCUUUGCAGUGGUUGAAGGAGAAUUGAAAGAGAGUUGGAAAUGGUUUCUAAGUUUAUUAGAUAAUGAUCUAAAAAUUUCAAAUAACCCUCAUGCUUGGACUUUCAUUUCUGAUAAACAAAAAGGGCUAUUACCUGCUGUUGAUGAACUAUUUCCUGAAAUAUAACAUAGGUUUUGUGCAAGACAUUUACAUCAAAACUUUGUGAAGGAUGGUUUCUCUGGGCAGCUACUAAAACAAGCUUUUUGGGCAGUUUGUAAAUCAACAACAGAAGCUGAAUUUAAGAAAAAUAUUGAUUCAAUGGCACUGUUGAAUCCAAAAGCAGUAGAGUGGUUAAGUGAAAGGAGUCCUAGGCAUUAUUGUAGAGCUUUUUUCAACACUUUUAUUAAGUGUGACAUGUUAUUGAAUAACCUAUGUGAAUCCUACAAUAGUUCUAUAUUAAAUGCAAGGGAUAAACCUAUCUUGACGAUGUUAGAAUCUUUGAGAAUUCACCUAAUGACCAGAAUGCAGGCCAAUAGAGAUAAGAUGAGAUCUCAUCCAUUUAAAAUCUGUCCAAAAAUUAUGAAGAUAAUUAAGGAAAAUAAAGAUAAAGCAACUGAAAUGAGAGUUUACAAAUCCAUUGGUGGUCUGUUCCAAAUUGAAGAUGGUAAUGUCAAAUUGUUUAAGGUGGAUUUAAGCAAACAUAUUUGCAGUUGCAGAAGAUGGGAUUUAACUGGCAUUCCAUGUUCUCAUGCCAUUUCAGCCGUUUGGUGGGAAGGGGGUUCACCAGAAGAUUAUACACACCAUUGUUACACAGUAGAAUCAUAUCUCAGCACCUAUGAGCAUGCUAUCAUGCCCAUAACUUCUUCUGAAAUGUGGCCAAAAACUGGUUUACCACCACCUCUUCCUCCCAAAUACAAAGCACAACCCGGUAGACCUAAGAAACUCAGAAAAAGAGAUAAAGCAGAGAAGGAAACCAGCAAGUCCACAACAAAAUUGCGAAAGAAGGGGCAGAAAAAGAGGUGCUCAGUGUGUGGAAAAACAGGCCACAACAAAUCCACUUGUAACAAAAACAAAACUCCUACAACAUCGAGUUCUCAACAAGUUCAACAACAAAUCCAUAGGGAUGAGAAUUCAAUUACAAUGGUAGAUGAACAAUGAUAUCAGAAUUCAAUUCCAGUGGUAGUUCAGCAAGUUCAACAACAAUUCUAUGGAGAUAUGAACUUUCCAUUGAUGCAAUAUGGUCACCAACAUGAAGUAUUUAGUAGCUCUCAACCUCCA